AUGCCAAAGUUUUUGGGAGAUAAAAUUUCUUUUUCUUCUUCUUCUUCUUUCGGUUUUUGCUUAUCUUUUUCUUCUUCUUCUUCUUCUUUCGGUUUGCUUAUCUUUUUCUAGUGGGGUAUCUCUUCGUGAGAGUCUUCUUCUUUCGGUUUUUGCUUAUCUUUUUCUACUUCUUCUUCUUCUUUCAGUCUUCUUCUUCUUCUUCUUCUUCUUCUUCUUCUUCUUCUUCUUCUUCUUCUUUCGGUUUUUGCUUAUCUUUUUCUAGUGGGGUACGGGUAUCUCUUUCAGUCUUCUUCUUCAUCUUCUUCUUCUUCUUCUUUCGGUUUUUGCUUAUCUUUUUCUAGUGGGGUAUCUCUUCGUGAGAGUUUUGUGUGGAUUGAUAGCGCAUCUAGAGUGACAAAUUUAGCGAUGGUUUGUGGCAAUGGCAUGGUGGCCCAAUGUGUGGCCUUUUCUCUGUUGAAUUUUUUCGUGGAGGAAGAGCAACCAAUGAAGGUGCCAAAGAUGGCAGGCAAGUGGAGCAGUGGCUUGGAAUGGAAAAGGAGCAAUGGGUGGCUAUGGUGGGCGGCACGUGGUGGUUGUUGAUGGAUGCGGUUGUUUGGAAAGCAGGCGGUGGGCUAGCGUUGCUUAGGUUGGCCUGAAGUUGGUGGGAAAGAGGUGAUGAGUUUCCAUGGUCGAGCACUGUAGAAUUUUUACCAAAAAUCUCAAAUUUGUCAGGCAACAAUUUGCAAAUCCUAGAGUUUUUGGAUGGAAAUUUUAAGUAUGAUGAAAUCUAUUCAACAUCAGGAAGGCUUAAAAUGAAAUUAAGGAAGGAAA